UUGUGUUUUGCUAUCGUCAGCUUGCUAAAAUCAGGACAGUGGAGUGGGAUAGCGACUGUCUGUUGUCCCCCAUAACUCAGACUGAUCUCCAUCAUGGCUCUGAGGAGAGCGGUGUGUCGCCUCUUAGUCAACCCUCACAGGAGUGUCUUCAUCUCAGCUUGCAGAACACAGAGCACAACUGCAACACCUGUCAGACAAGAUGCAGAGAAGCCUGAGCAGAAACCUAAAGCACCUAAGGUCCAGUUUAACUGGCGGGAUGCCCUGGACUUGGAGGGCCAGCUGACGGAGGAGGAGAUCAUGAUCAGGGACUCUUUCCGCACCUACUGCCAAGAGAAACUCAUGCCUCGCAUCCUGAUGGCAAACAGAAAUGAAGUGUUCCACAGAGAAAUAGUGUCAGAGAUGGGGGAGAUGGGUGUCCUGGGUCCAACCAUUAAAGGUUAUGGCUGUGCUGGGACAAGUUAUGUGGCCUAUGGCUUGAUUGCCAGAGAAGUGGAGCGAGUGGACAGCGGCUAUCGCUCCGUCAUGAGUGUGCAGUCGUCCCUGGUCAUGCAUCCAAUUAAUGCCUAUGGUACAGAGGAGCAGAAAGAGAAGUACCUCCCUAGGCUGGCUUGUGGUGAAAUCCUGGGUUGCUUCGGCUUAACGGAGCCAAACCAUGGCAGUGACCCGGGCGGCAUGGAAACCAGAGCCAAAUACAAUCCAUCCAGUCGCACCUACUCUCUCACUGGCUCAAAGACCUGGAUCACCAACUCUCCCGUGGCAGACAUCGCUGUGGUCUGGGCCAAAUGUGAUGAUGGAAAGGUGCGCGGCUUCAUCUUGGAGCGCGGCAUGAAAGGCCUCGCCACACCUAAAAUAGAGGGAAAGUUCUCUCUGAGAGCGUCGGCCACUGGUAUGAUCGUCAUGGACGAGGUGGAGGUUCCUGAGGAGAACCUGCUGCCUAAAAUCUCUGGCCUGGGGGGACCUUUCGGCUGUUUAAACAAUGCUCGCUAUGGUAUCGCCUGGGGUGCUUUAGGUGCUGCAGAGUUCUGUUUCCAUGCAGCUCGUCAGUACACACUCGACAGAAUCCAGUUUGGCGUGCCGCUGGCGAGGAAUCAGCUGAUGCAGAAGAAAAUGGCCGACAUGCUGACAGAGAUAACCAUCGGCCUGCAGUCGUGCCUGCAGCUGGGAAGACUCAUCGAUGAGAAAAAAUCUGCCCCAGAGAUGAUAUCCAUGCUGAAGAGGAACAGCUGUGGUAAAGCACUGGACAUCGCCCGACAGGCCAGAGACAUGCUGGGAGGAAACGGCAUCGCAGAUGAAUACCACGUCAUCCGCCACGUCAUGAACCUGGAGGCGGUCAACACGUAUGAAGGUACUCAUGACAUCCACGCUCUGAUCCUGGGCAGAGCCAUCACAGGUCUGCAGUCCUUCACCGUGGACAAGUAAGACGUGAGCAGUCCAGCAGAACUCGUCCUUCCUAAAACAACUCUGCAAGAAAAAGAAAAACACACGCAGUUUUCACACGAGUUCAAAUAAAGGGGCCGGCUGUAUCGUGGCAUUGUUGGUUUUGUCUCGGGUUUCUGAAAGUCUGCUGUGAUGUGUAAUGAACUCUGAUGUAGAUUUAUCACUUUAAGAGGGCUACACUAUUUUUUUACUCUCAGUUGUAUAGAAAACACUAAGGUUUAUCAUCUGGAAUGUCGUUUCUUUUUACUGUAACGAAGUAUUAAUAGUUUGAAUGAGGUCAAGAUCAAGAUUUGAUACUGGUUACUGAUGUAUGCAGAGUAAAUACUCACAUUGUGAUGUCUACUGCAGUUUGACUUGUGAUAUUUAUGUGAUCUCCUGUCAUUAUCAUGUGUUCAGUAGAGAAGAUGAGAAUCAGUUUACCAUUGUGGUAAACAGAUAUCAAUGAAAUAAAAAUAUUUUGUCCCCA